CUUCACUCUUCGGCCACACCGAUUAUCGAUCCGAGGCAGCGAGUUUUCGCGAGAUAGAUAGAAGAUAAGUUCGUUUCGUGGAUAUUCGUGUAAUAUAUAUAAUAAAUAUAUAUAUAUAUAUAUUCUCGAAUUGCGCACAGUGUGAGAAAAAAUGCGGUAUCUCGAGUGUUUCGUGGCGUUGAUGGUACUAUCGUGCCUCGCAAGUUCGUUCGCGGAACCUGGUGUCCUCUUAGAUCUGGCGAAGGAUCAUCAAAAGCGCGUGGCAAGUUUGCUGGACCCGCUAGGAUUGUUCCACAAGAAGGAUCAAAGCUCGAGCUCGUCGCACUCGUACGGGAACAACCUACAGCUAGGACCACUUUCCUUUUCGAGCAGCUUGGCCAGCUCUUCGGCCACGGCCGAAGGCAACGGUGCUACCUCCGUUGCCAAGGCGAAUUCUCAAGCCUUCGGCCAAGGCUCCGCAAAAGCUGACGCCAGCGCAAUAGCCAACGCUCAAGAUUAUUCAGAUUCUAACAUCGGUCACAACUACUACUACGUGCCGACAGACGUGCAACAAUACGACGUCCCCGGUGGUUCUCAGUCGAUCACGAAUCCGAAUGAUGGUUAUAACGCUGCGAAUACCGUUGCGAGCGCCGCUGCAAAUGCUAAUGCAAACGCGAACUAUAAUGCGAACAGAGGUGCGAACUCGAACGUGAACGCCAACGCGAAUUCGAACGCCGUUUCUUAUACCGGUGCAACGCCGACCAAUUAUUAUUCUCCCGGAUACGAUCUAUCCGAUACCGGUGCCAAUGCAAAUACGAAUCUUAAAAGUAACAGUGCGAACAAUGGCGCGGGAACGCUCGACGGCUAUUACACGGCUCCUGAAAGUUUUCGAGGUAAUGCAGCAGAUGCGAGAGAGAAUUCUAUUAGCGGAGCGGGAUCAUCCGAUAAUUAUUAUGCUCCUGGAGGAGCGUGGAGCGAUGGUGGUGCGAUCGCGGAUGCAAAGACGAAUAUUGUCGAUGGUGUAACGAGUGGCUAUAAACUUGGAAUCACGAAAAGCAACGUGGGCCCGAUCGACAAUUCGAAAUUGAACGGUGGAGUGGAAUUACCAAUUGGAUAUUAUCCUUCGGGAACUCGAAGCAACGCGGUGACCGGUAGCAAGAUUCCUUAUCGUCCUCACGACGAUGAAGAAACCGUGGUAGUGAUCGUAGAUCCGCCACCGGUCCACAGGCCACCAUUGGACAGGCCGCCAUUCGGUAGGCCACCACCAUUCGGUAAUCCACCACCAUUCGGUAAGCCAUCACCACCAUUCGGUAGGCCACCACCAUUCGGUAGGCCAUCAUCAUUCGGCAGGCCACCUUUCGAGAGAUAUCCACAACCUGAUCACGGCCCUGAGACAAUCAAAGUGAUCGUGAUCGAAGAGCCGGCAUAUCAUAGCCAAGCAGGAGCGAGUAAUGGAAAGGGUCAAUACGGUCAACCGAUCGACUAUCCGGUUGGAGGCUAUCAGAAUGGUUAUGGAGGAGCUAACGCAAACGCCAAUGCUAAUGCCAUCGCUAUUGCAAACGCAAAUGCCAAAGCAAACGCAGCAGCUAACGCAGGAGCUAAUGCAGGAGCUAAUUCCAUCUCUGGUGCGAACGGCUACCCUGUUCAGGAAUCGGGAUACUAUCCUGGAAAUGCUCCAACCACUUCCAUCGGAACGAACAAUCCUUUCUUGACUGGAUCUCAAGGAACCGGAGGGGCUAACGCAGGCGCUAACGCAGCCGCUAAUGCAGGAGCCAACGCAGGUGCUCUUGGAAACGCGUAUCCAGGAACAUCAAGGCCAGGAAGUCAGAGUGCGGGUAGUUAUCCAGGUGGCUCGUACACUGCUGGAUCGGGCAAUCCUUUCCUAACUGGUGGACAAGGUCAAGGAAAUGCAGGUGCCAACGCUGCUGCCAAUGCUGCUGCUAAUGCUGGUGUUAUCUCUCAAGGACAAAUCGGAGCACAAAAUCCUUUCCUCAAUCCUGGAUUCCAACCUACUGCAAGUCCUCACGGACUUGGAGAAUACGUAAUUAAUAAUGAAAAAACUGUUGGAAAACAGAAUGGAGGUCGCCCCAUUCCUACUACUUAUCCUGGCCAAGGAAGCAAACCAGGAAGCUAUGGAACGAACGUACCCACGAUCGUUGGAUCAGGAGCAAAUGCAGGAGCCAAUGCAGGAGCUAUCGCCAAUGCUAAUGCUGGUGCGAAUGCAGGUGGAUACGGUCAGCCUGUUAAAGAAAGUCCUGUAAUUAUUCCUGCUAAUCCAAGUACAAAUUAUGAGGGCGGAGCUGGAUCAGGUACCGUAUUCGAAAAUACGGGAAGCGCAUUUGGAAAUUCUGGAUCCGGUAGCAAUGGCUAUGGUGUUCCUACAAAGGGUGUUCCUACUUAUCAAACUGGAUUAGUUUCUGGUGGAGCAAAUGCUGGAGCGAAUGCAGGAGUAAAUGCUGGAGGAUCUGGUGACUAUGGUGUACCAACAAAAGGUGCUCCAGUCUUUGGAACGUCUGGACCAGCUUUUGGAACUGGUGGAGCAAAUGCUGGAGCGAAUGCUGGAGCGAAUGCUGGAGCAAAUGCUGGAGGUAGCGGAUCUGGUGGUUAUGUUGUACCUAUAAAAGGUGCUCCAGUCUUUGGAACGUCUGGACCAGCUUUUGGAACUGGUGGAGCAAAUGCUGGAGCGAAUGCUGGAGCAAAUGCUGGAGGUAGCGGACCUGCUGGUUAUGGUGUACCUACAAAAGAUGCUCCAGUCUUUGGAACGUCUGGACCAGCUUUUGGAACUAGUGGAGCAAAUGCUGGAGCGAAUGCAGGAGUAAACGCUGAAGGUAGCGGAUCUGGUGGCUAUGGUGUACCAAUAAAAGGUGCUCCAGUCUUUGGAACGUCUGGACCAGCUUUUGGAACUGGAGGAGCAAAUACUGGAGCGAAUGCAGGAGCAAAUGCUGGAGGUAGCGGACCUGGUGGUUAUGGUGUACCUACAAAAGGUGCUCCAGUCUUUGGAACGUCUGGACCAGCUUUUGGAACUGGAGGAGCAAAUGCUGGAGCAAAUGCUGGAGCGAAUGCUGGAGCAAAUGCUGGAGAUAGCGGACCUGGUGGUUAUGUUGUACCUAUAAAAGGUGCUCCAGUCUUUGGAACGUCUGGACCAGCUUUUGGAACUGGAGGAGCAAAUGCUGGAGCGAAUGCAGGAAUAAACGCUGGAGGUAGCGGAUCUGGUGGCUAUGGUGUACCAACAAAAGGUGCUCCAGUCUUUGGAACGUCUGGACCAGCUUUUGGAACUGGAGGCGCAAAUGCUGGAGCAAAUGCUGGAGCAAAUGCUGGAGCAAAUGCUGGAGGCAGUGGAUCUGGUGGUUAUGGUGUACCAACAAAAGGAGCUCCAGUCUUUGGAACGUCUGGACCAGCUUUUGGAACUGGAGGAGCAAAUGCUGGAGCAAAUGCUGGAGCAAAUGCUGGAGGUACUGGAUCUGGUGGUUAUGGUGUACCAACAAAAGGAGCUCCAGUCUUUGGAACAUCUGGACCAGCUUUUGGAACUGGUGGAGCAAAUGCUGGAAGCAAAGCUACUGCUAUAGCAAAUGCUGGAGCAAAUGCUGGAUCUGGAUCUGGAUCCGAUGGUUUUAAUAUUGGACCAUCUAAAGGUGGAGCAGAUUUUGGAACAUCUGGACCAGGUUUUGGUACUGGUGGAUCAGGAAUCGCUGGUGCAAAUGCCAAAGCUGAUGCUGUUGCAAAUGUUGGAAGCAGUGGAUCUGGUAAUGGUGGUUACGACGGCUUCGUAUUUGGAGAUGCAUCCGCCAGUGCUAGUGCCAAGGCUCAGGCUUCCGCUUCUGCUGGAUCAAAUGGAUCAGGAAGCUCAAACGCGAUUGCAAACGCGAAUUCGAACUCGUUCAGAGGAUUUUCUGGUAGCAAUGCGUCCGCCAAAUCGUCCGCCAAGUCGUCAGGUUUUGGAAAUGGAUCGGCCAAUGCGAAUGCACAAGCAUCCAGCAAAGCGUCUUCGGGAUCCGGCAACAGUUUCGCCUCCAGCUCUGCAUCCGCCAACGUGGACACGAGGGGUUUGCUCGUCUUCAGGGAUUAAUCGUCCAAACAUCCGGAUAUACUCGUUAUUUAAUUAAUUUUGCUCUCUCGAAUUAUUUAAUCGUGGAAAUGUUACGAACGCCAUGGACCGUGCCAUCACUCUAAACUCGAUUUUUAGGAUACCCUACCGAUUAGCUUGUAGGAUCUGAAACACGUCAAUGGAAUUAAGAGUCAAAGCUACAUCGAUUUAAAACGAUUAUCGACGCGAACAUCGAUCGACGCAACGCGAUUACCCAUGCUGGAUCAUGGCAAUGUAAUAUCGAAAUUCGUAAUUACUUUACAACUCGAUGUGUUGAUAUGUAACUAAUUUUAUUGCGCUUUAUCUUUAAAAAUGAUAAUUAAUAAUUUAUCGUGAAUGAAUAACGAAUGAAAUUUUAUCGGAGUCGAGCAUUCGAAAAAUAAAUUUAUUAUCAUUUGUGAUAAUAUUCUUGCCAAUACACGAAGCGUAGCAAGCAUUCUCCGUUUGAGAAAAUCCUCCGAAAUCCUUUUUUUGUCUUUUUUUCCAACGUUAAUAUCGGAUAUUAAACUUAUCUUCGUUAAUUUGUUCACUUUGUCGAAGCGUCAACCCAUUUAAAAAUUUUUCAAAAUGACUUCCAUCGUGUUUUAUCGUAUAAGUGGAUAAUACUCGAUAUAUGAUUAGCGUUUUUUCCGAUUUUAUAAUAGAUAUUUAAGAUUGAACGUUAUCUUAGUUCUAUAAAACGAUGUAGCAUGUAAUUAAAAAACUUCGUACGUAAUUACGUUAAAAUUAUAUUUAACGUAACGAGCGUAGCUAUUUUAAUCUUAAAUCGUGAUAGUAAUACGAACGAGAUAAUGUUUUUUUUUCUAUCUUUAUACAUAGCAUCCAAUCAAAUAUCGAAUUUGCGAUAUAGUAUUUUAAUUAUCGACUAAUAAAAAAGGCAUUUUUAUAUUAAUUUAUAAACGAAUACGAAUAAAUGCGAAGGCGUAUGAUCUUCGUACGACUUCUAUCCGCAAUAAAUUCAAUUACACUUA